ACCACGCCCCCUGUUUAUCCACCCCUGGCUAAAUUACAAAAUUAGUAAAAUGUCCUACGCCACGAGGAACUCGUGACCCCGAAAAAUUGCACUCGCGACAAACCCAACUUUCUCUCGGGGUCGCUUUUCGAGCCACUAAUCAACCACACCCACUUUUUCGGCUAAAUUUCUACCCUCAUCAAAAUGGACCAACCUACUCCAUCUCAAGAUCGUCCUCCUCCUUCUCCUCCUGAAACGAAGAACCCUUGCGUGUGCUUUGGUACCACGUUGUCCGAUGGCGUCCGUGGAACGGCCAUUGUCUUGAUUGUGACCAAUGCCCUCUUAGCUUUGCUAUACAUAUUUCUAGGCUCCCAAAUUUUCAAGCCUGUCCUCACACAAGCGAUAGCAUUCUUGGUCCUCGCGAUUAUCUGCGUCAUCAUGCUUAUCACGGAUAUCGUCCUUCUCAUCGGAGUCAACAAGCGAAGAAUCGGACACUGCAAAACCUGGCUUAUUUCCAACAUCUUCCUGGACAUUUCAUACUUUGGCUGCUCUACUUACCAAAUCGUGGACAGCGGGAAGUAUUACUGGAUGAUGAUUGUCCUCCUCUGGGUCCUCCUGCACGUGACCCUGCUCUACGCCGUGUACUGCUUCAUUCAAGAAAUCCGCCAGUACCCGCUCGGAAUUCCGGCGGAGAUUGAGGGCGAAGACGCGGAAGAACCCGCUAAUUCGAACGUUAACUCUUCACAAGCACUGUUUGCACAAUCUCAAAAAACCGGAAGUCAGAACGGGAACAAUGCCAACACCCGCACAAGUGUCGAAUUCGGAGUAAAUUAAGGAUACAUUUUUACCCGUGGGUCGGACAAAAUUACAGUUUUGUAGUGCACGAUGUACGAGAAAGGAUGGCAGUUAAUUAAUAAAUAAGUA